UGGAGGGACGCAUGAUUAACACUCUAGUGCUGGUGUGCUCAUGAGAAAGGCAAGACAUCAUCUCAAGUGGAGCAAAACUCAAAACAGCUGAUGAGGAGCAGAAAGAAGAAGAAGAGAAGAUUUGACAAAGUAUGGCUACACCUGAUCUUUUAGAUCCCAAAUCAGCCACACACAACACCAAACCACGGUUGUCUUUCUCCUCCAAGCCCAUUGUCUUCAACUCGGAGGAUGAUUGUGACACCAUAACCACCGUAAUGAAGUGGAAAACAGUGUUGGCAAUUUUCCUGCUAGUAGUUCUGUACCUGAUCAUUGGAGCCACAGUCUUCAAAGCCCUGGAACAGCCCCAGGAGAGCUCACAGAAGUACCUCAUCUGGAGGGAGAAAAUUAACUUCCUCUCCAGGCAUGCCUGUGUCAACGACUCUGAGCUGGAGGACCUGGUCAAGCAAGUGGUGUUAGCUAUCCGUGCAGGAGUGAAUCCCUCGGGUGUGAAUCACACAUCCAAUGAGAGCAGUAUUUGGGACCUCAGCAGCUCCUUCUUCUUUGCAGGGACUGUCAUCACCACUAUAGGGUUUGGAAACGUCUCUCCACACACAGAGGGAGGCAGGAUCUUUUGCAUCAUCUAUGCCCUGCUGGGGAUUCCACUCUUUGGGUUCCUUUUGGCUGGAGUGGGAGAUCAGCUGGGAACCAUAUUUGGCAAAGGAAUUGCUAAAGUGGAAAAGAUGUUUGUGAAAUGGAAUGUGAGCCAAACUAAAAUCCGUGUGACCUCCACGGUCCUGUUCAUCCUGUUCGGGUGCCUGCUGUUUGUAGCAAUCCCCGCCCUCAUCUUCAAGCACAUUGAAGGCUGGAGCGCUUUGGAGGCCAUCUACUUUGUUGUCAUUACAUUAACCACUAUUGGAUUUGGGGACUUUGUGCCAGAAGGGGCUGAGAUUGAGUAUCUGGACUAUUAUAAGCCGAUUGUGUGGUUCUGGAUCCUGGUGGGUCUAGCCUACUUCGCUGCAGUUCUCAGUAUGAUUGGAGACUGGCUUCGGGUCAUCUCCAAGAAGACCAAAGAGGAGGUCGGUGAGUUCCGUGCUCACGCUGCAGAAUGGACAGCUAAUGUGUCAGCAGAAUUCAAAGAAACACGGCGCCGUCUAAGCGUGGAAAUUUACGACAAAUUUCAGCGGGCGGCAUACAUCAAACGCAAGCUGUCGUCGGAGCUAGAUCAGAAUCCAGGGCAAGACAUGAUGCCAUGCAAGACAACCCUGUCUGUUAACUUCACUGAUGAACUGGAGAAAGAACAACCCCCGACCCUGACCAAAAACAGCAGCCUUUACCUGAACGGUCUUACUCCAGACUGCCCUGAUUAUGGCGAGAUCUCCAUUAUUGAACAUCUCAAAUAA